CCUUCGGAAUAGGAAAAUUCGUUCUAAGAAAACAAGCUAAUCCGCGGUGUUGCCCAACGGAAGGGGUGUUCCAGGUAAGGGGAUGAAAAUUGACACGCCCCCUGGAAAACUCCUGAAAUUGCCGGGUUUAUAAAUUGUCCAAGAUGUCACUAAAUAUUUCAUUUAACUGUUGUCCUCAAAGGGUUGAACAUCGUCUGCGGAAACUUUUUCCAGUGCUGUCUUUUUUCACUGAAGAAAUCGGUAACGAAGUCAAUACAAAAAUGGAAAAUCUGGCUGAAAAUGUUUUACCCCAGAUUGACGUAAAUGACAGCGACUUCGUUUACGUUAAUUCUGAAGACGUGAGGGAGGUGGCUGCCGUCAAUAACAGCGCGUACACAUGCUACGCAUGUGACGGUGUGUGCACCUUCCGAAUGAUGGGUUGGACGACAUUUCAGCCAAUUUUCUCCACGUCCUCUUCCACAUGGACGAGAGGAUAUUGAAGAAGCUAGAUGCUGGACUUGGAGGACACGAUCUCAGGCAAAUUAAACCCCCGACGGAGGCUCAACCCAAGAUGCACACUGGACGGCAUAAAGGACUGGCGUUCUCGUCGGGCGUCAACAAGGAGAGAUAUAUGCAUUCCUGUGCAGUGGGCCAAAAAAUUUUCAAAGACCGGUAUGCCCUGAAGGUUCACUUCAGGAUACAUACCGGUGAGAAACCGUUCGUCUGUGAAAUAUGCGCACGUGGGUUUUCUCAGAAAGCCCACCUAUUAAAACACAAGGAAAUCCACGAAGGAAUGUAUAUAACAUAUGUGUUUUUGUAUGUUGCAGGUAAGAAAAAAAUGGAGAAUCAGACUGAGGAAUUUUAUGCGUUCCCUAAAAUCGAAGUCGAGGAAAACGACUUCAUGCACGACAACGGACAGUUGGAGAACAGCCGGUACACAUAUCACGGCCGGAUACCAAAUUGUGACGGUAUGUGCACCUUCCGUGCAUCAAAUAAUGAAGAAUUUGAAGGCAUAUCUAUGCAGUUCCUCCACGUCCUCUUCCACUUGGAUGAGAGGACAUUACAAAAGAUAGAUGCAGGAACCCCGACGGGGACGCUACACAGGGUGCAUUCUGGACGGCGGAAAGGAAUGGCUUCCAAAUCAGGCGUAAGUAAAGACAGGUAUAUGCACUUCUGUACAGUCUGUAGUAAAGGUUUUAAAGACCGGUAUGCCCUGAAGGUUCACUUCAGGAUACAUACCGGUGAGAAACCUUUCGUUUGCGACAUUUGUGAACGUGGAUUUACACAGAAAGCCCACCUUUUGAAGCAUUUGAGGAUACAUACCGGUGAGAAACCGUUCCUUUGCGAAAUAUGCGAGCGUGGGUUUUCACAGAAAGCCCACCUUUUAAAACACAAAGAAAUCCACUUUAAUGGUUUUAAAGACCUGUAUGCCCUGAAGGUUCAUUUCAGGAUACAUACCGGUGAGAAACCUUUCGUUUGCGAUAUUUGCGAACGUGGAUUUACACAGAAAGCUCACCUUUUAAAACACAAGGAAAUUAACAAAGUCAAUAAGAAAAAAAUGCAGAAUCAGAUUGAUAAUAUUUAUGCACUCCCUGAAAUCGAAGUCGACGAAAACCACUUCAUACCCGACAACAGACAGAUGGAAAACAGACGGUACACAUAUCACGGCCGGAUACCAAAAUGUGAUGUUACGUGCACUUUCCGUGCAUUAAAUAAUAAAGAAUUAGAUGAUAUUUCUAUCCAUUUCCUCCACAUCCUCUUCCACAUGUACGAGAGGACAUUACAAAAGCUGCAGAUCUCCAGGAAAGCCGAACAAAUUGAAAAAGCUCACCAUUCUGAAGAAAUGAAGCAGGUGACUCAGGAAAAUAACUGCGUGUACACAUGCUUCCCGUGUGACGGUGCUUUCCGAGCAUUACUGAUUGAUAGGUUGGACGUCAUUUCAGUCCAUUUCCUCCACAUCCUCUUCCACAUGGAGGAGAGGAUAUUGACGAAGAUAGAUGCUGGACUUGGAGGAAACGAAAACAGGCAUAUUAAACCCCCGACGGAGACCCAACCCAGGAUGCACACUGGACGGCAUAAAGGACUUUCAAGGACUCUUCAACGUCGAGAGUCAACAAGGAAAGGCAUCUGCAUUUCUUUGCAAUCUGUCGCAAAGGUUUUGAAGACCGAUUUGCUUGAAAAACCGUUGGAAUGGAAACUUACGUACGACGAAGAGGCGCUAAUCCGCGGUGUUGCCAUACGGAAAGGUGUAGCAAAGUCAAUCAAUAUGGAGAAUCUGGCUGAAGGUUUUUUACCCCAGAUCGACGUAAACGACAGUGACUUCGCUUACGAUAAUUCUUGCUACAGUACGUGCACCUUCCGUUCAUCCACGUUUGACGGAUUGGAUGAAAGUUCAAUAAAUUUCCUCCACAUGCUCUUUCACACGGAUGAACGGAUACUACAGAAGAUUGACGCCGGUGUUCAAGGAAGCCAGAACAGAUGUAUGAAUCCCCCCACGGGGACGCAACCCAGGGUGCAUACUGGACGGCGGAAUGGAAUGGCUUCCAAAUCAGGCGUAAGUAAAGACAGGUAUAUGCACUUCUGUAAUAAAGGUUUUAAAGAUCGGUAUGCCCUGAAGGUUCACUUCAGGGUACAUACCGGUGAAAAACCUUUCGUUUGUAAUAUUUGCGAACGUGGAUUUACACAGAAAGCUCACCUUUUGAAGCAUAUGGAAAUCCACGUUCAUUUCAGGAUACAUACCGGUGAGAAACAUUUCGUUUGCGAUAUUUGCGAACGUGGAUUUACACAGAAAGCUCACCUUUUAAAACACAAGGAAAUAGUAGCAAAGUCAAUCAAUAUGGAGAAUCUGGCUGAAGAUUUUUUACCCCAGAUCGACGUAAACGACAGUGACUUCGCUUACGAUAUUUCUUGCUGCAGUACGUGCACUUUACGUUCAUCCACGUUUGAAGGAUUGGACGAAAGAAGUCAGCCAGAACAGAUGUAUGAACCCCCUCCCACGGGGACGCAACCCAGGGUGCAUACUGGACGGCGGAAUGGAAUGGCUUCCAAAUCAGGCGUAAGCAAAGACAGGUAUAUGCACUUCUGUACAGUUUGUAGUAAUGGUUUUAAAGACCGGUAUGCCCUGAAGGUUCAUUUCAGGAUACAUACCGGUGAGAAACCUUUCGUUUGCGAUAUUUGCGAACGUGGAUUUACACAGAAAGCUCACCUUUUAAAACACAAGGAAAUAUAA